GCGCGGCCGCCAUUUUACACCAUCCUGUGGAGUGGGGAGCAGAGCUGGGUCUGCGCUGUGGAGCUGCACGCCUUUCUCCUUCUUUUUUUUACACCCUUCCUUCCGAAAGAAUACAUUACCACACGGCUGAGUGAUCCAUCGCCAGGCCUGGUAUCUCACAGUGACCUAGAUGAAAGAGCAAUUGAAGCUUUGAAAGAGUUCAAUGAAGAAGGAGCUCUGCAGGUUCUACUUCAGUUUAAGGACAGCGAUCUCUCACAUGUUCAGAACAAAAGUGCCUUUCUGUGCGGUGUAAUGAAGACCUACAGGCAGAGGGAGAAACAGGGGACCAAAGUGACAGAAGCCAGUAAAGGACCAGAUGAAGCAAAAAUAAAAGCUUUGCUGGAAAGAACUGGUUACACGCUUGAUGUGACUACAGGUCAGAGAAAAUAUGGUGGCCCCCCUCCAGAGACGGUGUACUCGGGGCCACAACCCACUAUCGGUACAGAGAUUUUUGUUGGCAAAAUUCCAAGAGAUUUGUUUGAAGAUGAGCUUGUGCCGUUGUUUGAAAAAGCUGGGUCUAUUUGGGACCUUCGUCUCAUGAUGGACCCCCUUAGUGGCCUCAAUAGGGGAUAUGCCUUUGUCACUUUCUGCACUAAAGAAGCUGCCCAGGAGGCAGUAAAAUUGUGUAAUAACACUGAAAUUCGACCUGGGAAACACAUUGGUGUGUGCAUCUCCGUAGCCAAUAACAGACUGUUUGUGGGUUCUAUUCCCAAGAGCAAAACAAAAGAACAAAUUGUAGAAGAAUUUGGAAAAGUCACAGAGGGUCUUAAUGAUGUUAUACUGUAUCAUCAGCCAGAUGACAAAAAAAAGAAUAGGGGCUUUUGCUUCUUGGAAUAUGAAGACCAUAAAACUGCUGCUCAGGCACGGCGCAGACUGAUGAGUGGGAAAGUGAAGGUGUGGGGCAAUGUGGUGACUGUGGAGUGGGCUGAUCCGAUAGAGGAUCCCGAUCCAGAGGUCAUGGCUAAGGUGAAAGUGCUGUUUGUCCGAAACCUUGCAAGUACUGUAACGGAAGAUAUACUUGAAAAGACAUUUAGCCAGUUUGGCAAAUUGGAGCGAGUGAAGAAGCUGAAGGAUUAUGCUUUCAUUCACUUCGAUGAAAGAGAAGGCGCAGUGAAGGCAUUAGCCGAGAUGAACGGAAAAGAUCUGGAAGGAGAGCACAUUGAAAUAGUUUUUGCAAAGCCACCCGAUCAGAAAAGGAAGGAACGCAAGGCUCAGCGACAAGCUGCUAAAACUCAAAUGUAUGAUGACUAUUACUACUAUGGCCCCCCUCACAUGCCACCUCCCUCAAGAGGCCGAGGCCGCGGAAGCCGGGGAGGGUACUCCUACCCUCCCGAUUACUACGGCUAUGAAGAUUACUAUGACUAUUACGGCUAUGACUAUCACAAUUACCGCGGGGGAUACGAAGACCCCUACUAUGGCUACGAAGACUUUCAAGGUGCUGGUAGAGGACGAGGGGGUAGAGGUGCAAGGGGGGCUGCCCCAUCGAGAGGCCGUGGAGCUGCUGCUCCUAGGGGCAGGGCUGGUUUCUCCCAGCGUGGUGGUGGUCCCGGAUCAGCCAGAGGUGCCCGUGGUGCCAGAGGAGGCGCUCAGCAGAGAGGCCGCGGGCAGGGAAAAGGGGUCGAGGCCGGUCCUGACCUGUUACUAUGAAGACUGACUUGCUAUGUGGGGUUACACCAGAAGCUGCCAAUGGAUGUGAUGGUAAGGUCAACACAAUGGUCCAAUGAUAUUCCAGCCUUAUAGAAGCAUAUCUCCUGGACUGCCACCUAAAGAUCAUCAAUGGAGCAAAUUCAAGAGACGUUACUUGCCUGGACUACUUUUCUGGUAUUAUAGGAAUAAAAGCCUUUGCGUUCAGCAAACUUGCCACCUCGCCUGUUCCCCUGAAAUAUGCCAUUUUAAAAUGUUCAGACUUACUAAAGGUAACUCAGCCUGAAAUAUCAAUUGUAUUUUGCACUUUUUAAGUUUUUAGUUUGAAGUGGCUCAAAGGAGCUUGAUGCUAUUGUAUGGAUUUCAUGCUAAUUGCAGCUUUGUUGGAAUAUCAAUGUUUAAUCUUAAUUGUUUGAUUUGGGUAGGUCUGAAGAGGACAUUUGCAGAUUUAGGUGUAACCACCUGGCAUGGUUAGUCAGGCAUUCCAGGAAAGUGGUUCUUUUAAGAACUUGUCUUUAAAGGGUUGGUUAACUACCUCAGUACAGAGGAUUAAACUACCCUGUCUGUACUGUAAAUAGGGAAACUUAUUGAUGAAAGGAGGGCUUGUUCCUUAUAAAAUAUGCACAAGAGCAACAGCAGAGCAGAUGUACUUAGUGUAAUAUAGUCUUUUCACUGUUGCUCUGACACUGCGAACAGUCAAACUGGGCAUGUAAAAUAAUCUCAUAAGAUGAGUUUGAACAAGCCUUACUUUUAUCCUAUUUGAACUGAAUUAGCUGCCUUGCUUCUUCAGAUUAUGUAGUUACUGGUUGUAUGAUAGUUUAGAAAAAUGUUACUUUUGUAAAAGCUGAAACAUCAGAAAGCAUCAAAACUGUUUUUGAAUAGCCCUGCAGUGUCCCUUUUUUAGUGGACGACAGUCUCUUUAAUCAUCUUUUACAGGCUGUGGUAACAAUUAUGUUCAAAACCAUCGGAGCUCUGUUUUUAUGUAGGAAAUUCCCAAAUCAUGCACAGUUCGAAUGAUUAAUACACUAUUCAUUCGGCUGCCUUUGUGGGUCUGGGGUGACAAACCUGACAAAGCUCUCACAAUUUUCACAUUAGAAACCAGGCAAAUUCCAACCUUGUCAGCUGUUGGCCGUAGCAGCAUUAACAAAACCUUGUAGUUUUCAUUUUAAAAGGGAUACUGCAGCUUUGAUAUUCCAUGUAUUGCAAAAAAGGAGACUGAACUAUUCAUCUGGUUUUGUACACAGUUAACUCCCUCUCAACGAGUCUGUAUCAUUACAAUUUCAAACCUUAGAAAAUGUUACCAGUUUUAAAAUAUUGUUGGUGGCCAACAACCGUUUUUGCAUUCCUGCAAAUAAAUUGUUUUAUACUGUAA